CACUCUGAGAGUGGAAGCACUCACGGAGCUCCGGGAGCAGGGAAGGGGAGAGGAACGGGAGAAUAAAGCACAAAAAGGGAAAGGUGGCACAGCAAGACACAGCACCAACAUCAGAGAAGGGCACGGGACAGCGAGGAGAGAAACAACAAAGGACUUUGGCAGGGCUUUUUUUCUUCUUUUCCUUCUGCUUUUAAUCCUGAGGAAAAUGGGCCAGCAGUUCACCAAUGCUGAAGGGGAGCAAGGAGAGAUUGAUGUUGCAGAGCUGCAGGAAUGGUAUAAGAAAUUUGUGGUGGAAUGUCCCAGUGGGACCCUCUUCAUGCACGAGUUCAAGCGGUUCUUCGGGGUCCAGGACAACCAGGAGGCAGCAGAGUAUGUGGAGAACAUGUUCAGGGCUUUUGACAAGAACGGGGAUAACACCAUCGAUUUUCUGGAGUACGUGGCUGCCUUGAAUCUUGUUUUACGAGGAAAGCUGGAACACAAGCUGAGGUGGACGUUCAAAGUGUAUGACAAGGAUGGGAACGGCUGCAUAGAUAAACCUGAGCUGCUGGAAAUUGUUGAGUCUAUCUACAGGCUGAAGAAGGUGUGCUGGUCGGACGUGGAGGACAGGACCCCGCUGCUGACACCGGAGGAGGUGGUGGACAGGAUAUUCCAGCUGGUGGAUGAGAACGGGGAUGGGCAGCUGUCCCUUGACGAGUUCAUUGAUGGAGCCAGGAAGGACAAGUGGGUGAUGAAGAUGCUGCAAAUGGAUGUGAACCCCGGGGGAUGGAUCACGGAGCAGAGGAGAAAGAGUGCUUUGUUCUGAGGAAAUGCGGCUUUGGCACGGCUGAAAUGGUGAUGCCUGACCCUCCCUCUAGCCUUUUAAUUCUUUCCUUUUAAUUCCAUCUCAGCAUCUCCAGUGCUUUCAGGAGCCGUUUGUAAAGCGUGCCGAGCACUGCUGGUACCCAGGGACUGUUUCUGGCCCAUGAAUAAUCCUGUGUACACAGCACUGGGUUUGCCAGCUCUGCUUUUCGGUUACACCCCAAGAAAUAAACUUUCUGUGGCUUCCUGCAGCAGAGCCGAGCAGGGCUGGGGGCUGGUGGCGGAUGGGGAGUGAGGAGUGGGGCUGGUGCUGCUGGCCCAGCUCAUUCCUGCUCUGCCAGCACCCAGAGCAGCCCAGGAGCUGCUGCUGGAUCUUCAGGGCUCUCUGUGUGUGGUUUGUAGCCUCUGCUGCUGCUCGUGCCGGAUUCCUGCCGGCACCAAAAACGAGAAUUGGGUCGGAGAAGUGGCCAGGACAACACACAGAGCUGAGGGAAGCGAUGUGAGGGCUGGGCAGGAGGAGCAGCAGCUCCAUCCUCUCCCUCCUGGGGACCAGAGCCUGCUCCUUGUGCCUGCCCAGAGGCUCAGGGGGAUGCUGCCACUUCACAGCUCAGGGGGCAGAACAGCACUGCUCGAAUCCCUUCCAGUUCUGCAAUCCUGGAAUCUUCCCUGUUCUCACGGAGUCACCACCCUGCAGCAGCUUCCCCUGCUCUGGAAGGGUGGCUGAGCUCAGGGAGCGCCAGGAUUUCACUGCUCUGGGAAAAACGUGUGAGCAGAGACGAGGGGAGAGCAGAGUCUGCAGUGAGGGGAUCUGUGCUGCUCCAGUGGCAGGAACACAGAACCUUUAAUCAUUGAUGGUUUGGGUUUGGGAGGAGCUUUAAAACUCCUCCAUUUCCAAUCCCCCUGCCCCAGACAGGGAUGUCACAUCAAGCCCUGCCCAAACUGGCCUUGAAAUGUGGAAAAAGUGACAAAAAUUCCAGUACAGUGGUUUUACACUGGACUUAAUUUAGCCCCAGACUAGAGAUAUAAAAUUUACACAAGUUGCAGGCUGAGCUCUGCUGUUCUAACCCAUGUUUCUACAUAGAUGUAUGUGGGAAAAGAAUUUGGGUUGAAUCAAAAUUUUGGUUCUCUUUUAUUGGAUUUACUGGUUCAUUUACAAGAAAAAAGCUCCCCAGGAAAAUAAUAAAAGUUUGUUUGCUCCGUUUAAUUUUUCCCAUGGGAUCAGUGGGCCAGGUCAUACCAAUGAAAAGAUUUACAACCCCUUUUUGUGGCCUUUAAUUAGGACUGUAGUAAGUGUCAUUAGCUGAUUAGUUUGCUGGUUUGUGGUCUUGUCAGUUUACCCAGUGUUUAAAUUCCACGGGGAAGUGUUCAGGAUUAGACACAAUCAGUGCUAGAGUUCAGCUCGUGCACAUUUCCACUUUGAAAUAGCUUUUCUAUGAGUUCUCUGUAAAUACCGAGCAGUUUGUGGUGUGCUGACUUAUCAGAGCUGAUUAGACUUGUGCUUUCUGCUGCUCUCAGGCAGCUGCUCACAGCUCUCUCUUAGUCAAUAGUUUAUCAGCCCAAGAUCUGAAAGAAAAAUCUGACUUCUGACUUGAGAGCCUCUAAGAAAACAUUCACUUUUAUUGAUUUUCCAACCUGUGAAAAAAUGUUUCCACUGGAGGAUACAAAUCUCUAAGAAUUCCUUGCAUUUCAGCACCUCAGCCGAGGUAACACCCCCUGCUCCUUGCAGGGUUUGAGGGAGGCUGUUUUAGUUGCCAGAAUUGCAUUUUGCUGGUUCAGAUCCUGCAGCUCUGCUGUCCUGGCCAGCCCAGGCUCUGCAGGGGCUGUUUGGGACCCCCAGGCCUGCUGAGCACUGCUACAGCUGUUGCUGGAAGUUUUGUAAACCACGAAUUGA